AUGACAGAAAUACCAAACAGUAUUCGCAGUUUGCUAGGAGUACCGCUCAAGCACACCAAUUCCAAGUUCAAGGCGGCAGAGGGAACUCACAAAAUUCCAGAUCCUCUGGCUCUUGCUGUUGAAGAGCUACUUUUGGAAAGAAUCCAGCUUGGUGAGGAGGUCGGGUUUGACUUUGCCCAGGACGUCUUGCUACAUGCAGUGCAAGAAUGGAAUUCUCAACUUGAAGCGCUUCGAGAUGAUGUCCGCACAUCGCUUGGACCCCAACUCCUACAAGUUCAUGACCAAAGUCUACCAGAGAAUGCGUCAGAGGAGAGCAUACAAGCAGUGCAAGAUGCAGUCGAAUUUGGGAUUUCAGUCGACGGGAACUCAAGGUUUACGCUCAGCAUUGAAGACAGCUUGCGUGCUGAUGCAUGGGCAUUGAAAAAGAUCCAGGAAUACCAGGGGGGCAAGAUUUUGAUGUGGAGUUGGCUUUCACGUGGCCUGACAACCAUUGAGCAGCAAGCAGAGUGGAACUUCCAAGGCAAUGUUGAGCACGCGAAGUCCGCUUUGCAAGCCACGCCAGGUGCUUUGGCUGAGCUCUGUGAUCUGGAGGAGGUUCCGGAUGUUGACUGCUCUGAAGAAAAGUCACAAGUCAUCCAAGCUGAGCCAAUCAUGGAUGGAGAGGUCACAAGUGCAUGGGCCAUUGCUGACCCAUCCAAUGCUGAGUCCAAGCCAAUCUUUUUGCCAGGUUGGUUCCGGCAUCCAAUUGACCGGGCCAUUCUGCUUUGGCAGGAGGAAUCCAGACGUUGGGAAGAUAAGAAGGCAAAGCGGCUAGCAGAAGGACGGAGCGGUUUAGCUCCCAAGAUGCAGGAAGCUUUUGACGAGUGGAGUGCUACCAAGAGCAAAACCAUAGUGCUCAACAAAAAAACACAUGGUCAGGUGGUGAACUUCAACAACAAGCCGAUCUCACAACUCAAGAAGAGUUGCUUGAUGAUUACGAUCCACAUGAGUGAGACUGCUGAGGGCUUGGCCAUCCAAGCCGGUGAUGGCAAGUUGUGGCAGCUCAAGAUGAUGGAGGGCGUGCUUCCUGCUGGCGAUUGCAUUCCUCCUGAGGUUGACCAAUUCACAGGACUGGAUCUUCCGCCUGAAGAGCAUGAUGAUGAACCUCAACUUGUAGAUGAACCCGUACAUGGUGAUGCUGACGCUUUCCUGCAUGAUGAAUUCAAUGAUGGUGAUGAUGAGCGUGACCCGGACAUGAACAAGUGGCUUCUUCUUGAAGACUCUGAGGGGUCUGAUGGGUCCGAGGAAGAAGAGCCACCAGAGCUUCUUGCAAAGGCCUUUGGCACCUUUACUCGGGUGAGGGCAGUCGAAAAGCAGCCAGAAUUCCAACGGCUGGCAGAACUAGGAUUGGCUGUGAGACCGCCUGGCUGUUGGCUGGGCAUACACCCGGCUGCUAAAGUAUGGAGAUCGGCAAGCACAGGGUCUCCCUAUUUCAGCAGAAGCUUCAAUCCAACGUCCGGUCGAGACGCGUGGCAGGCUCUCCUGCGUGUCUUCGAACUCAUGUUGCAAUCAUUUCUUGCCACCAACCCGAAGGAAAAGUUGGUGAAGCAUCAACUUGCACGGAUCCAAAGGCUCAGGCAAGAAGAGCCUGGCCAUGCGGAUUGA